AAUAAACUUAGUAAAGCAGAUCAGACAGGAGUUGUACAUGGAAGCACAGGAGGACUUCCUGGAGUUGUACAUGUUCCACGAGACUUCUUUCCUGUCACGUCGCGAUGACGUCAUCGAUACGCAAAGGUUCGUCUCAGAGAUGAUAUGCAGUCUUUAUGACAACGGCAUCUUCCAUGGAAUCCGAAAUGUUGACAUCUUCCGACGUCAUCUGAGUCGACUUCAACAAGUAAUCGGUCAAGCAGACUUCCCGCAGAGCAACAAGACACUGAAGAUUGUCAUUGACGUUCUCCACGACUUGCUCACAGCCGUCAGGGGAGGUAACCUGUUUGUCCAACUGUCAAGUGACAUACUGUCAUUUCUUGUCAACAUGUGCAAGGAUAAGCAUGGUUGCAAAAUUCACCAUCUGGUCAAGGAGGUGGGGGUGUUGUACAACGGCGUCACCGACACUGUCCUGAAGGGUAAUUCAAGCCUCUUUGAGACAAUGACUCCAGCGUUCGGACAGUUCCUUGACCAGCUGACUGACCACAGCUUCCUCGACGCUCUGCUGGUCAAACCUGCCGUCUGCAACGUCAUCUGUGGCAGCAUGAACAACUCCAAAGAACAUAUCAGUCUGCUGAUUGGGCUCCUGAAGUCCCUGGUAAAGAUACCAAAACGCCACUGUGCGGACACAGCUCAUACAAUCCUGACUGUCAAGGACAAGUUCCUGAAAUGGAAGCCUCAUGUGGCCGAUGCACAGGAUGUCCUUGACCUUAUAACUGACGUCGAGAUAUCUGGGGACCCGGAUGACAACAAAGAGACACUGACCACCCUCUACGUCAGCGUUUUAUCAGCGUUCUUGGAACAGAUUAAACGUGACCGGGUCAUCAAAGAGUUGAAUGAACGUAUGGUUUACUACUGCUUGAAGUGCCUUGCAUCAAGGUCAAAGUUCAUGCUCAGGUUGGGGUCAGAGGUCGUAACAAGGGUGGAGUUCAAUAUCAAGAAAGAAAAGACGUUGAUGUUCCACUCCAUGAAGACUCUCCAGCCACUCCUAGAAGAUGCUGACUUCCGUUGGGACCUGUCAUCAUCGCGUAACAUUGCGCAGACCCUGGCUGCGAAGGCAAUGGACGCGAUUACAGACGCAAAGAUCCUGUCUGAUGAGGAAGUUGGUAUUCUGAUGUCUCUGACGAUGUCCGCGACACAAAGAGACUUCAUCAAUCCCGACAGCAACACUCCCGACACCGCCUUUUACGACCUAUACUCCACUGUUGGUACAAGGUUGUGUAAGAUGAUAGACAACCCGGAGACAGCAGCGAAAGCCUCCGAGUUGAUCUGCAGAAUAGUGUCCUUCAUGGGCAACGAGUUUGAGCAGAUCCAGAGCCUUGCUAUCAGCCAUGUAGCCUCCAUAGCUUCUAAGGAGGCUAAAGCCCUGGCCCCGCACUUUGAGGCCAUGGUCAAGCUGUUCGUUGAGGAGGAGAACACAGACAUACUGUUCCCCAUAACCAAAGUGUACCCGUCCAACCCAGAGCCCCUUGUGCCGCACUUUUCGACCUUCUUUGACCUCAUGGACAGUCGGGAUGAUGACGUGAGGGAGCUUGUCCUCUCACUGAUGGAAGACGUAGCCACACGUCAACCACAGCUGUUCGAUGAUGACCACGUCGCAACUAUUAUCAAGGAGAUGAAGUCAGCUGACGAACCGGAACAAGCCAGCUAUCUGACAAUUCUCCUACACUUGUCCCAACAACGCCCAGACUUGAUCGUAGCGCACACUGCGACGUUGAUGCAGGCUGACGUUCAUAAACAACAUGGCCGACGACUAUUGGUGAACGUCCUCAAGAACGUUGCCGUUCGAACGUCAAUGGACAAAGCAGAACCAGUAAUGGAGUUCUACACAAAGUUAUUGUCUCGACCGGAAGACGGGGAGUUAUCUCCCCUAGUUUUGAACGCGAUGCGUGCAGUGGGAGCAAUUCAUCGGCCCCUUCUGGACAGCCGGAAGUCCUUCAUAGCUGACCUCCGCGACACUACCAAAGUUCAGUCGGUCAAGGACACUUGUAUCUUCAUUCUGGAUAUACUGGAAGGAAGGAGCCUGGAGGCGUUGUCAGCCGAUAUGAAGGGCGUAAAGCAGGAAGUGGGGCAACUCGAAGAGGAAGUGACGUCAACAGGUGCCAAGGUAGACAAUGUCCAGAAUGACGUCACAGUUCAGAAGGAGCGGGUGGAUCGUGCGGAGGUCCGCUUGGACUAUCAAAGGACAGAACUCCGUGAAUUGGGGGAAACCGUUGAAGACACUGUGUCAAAAGUCGAAGAAAUCGACAAAAAGACAUUAAGCCACGCGCCAUUUUGGGCACGUGAUGUUUCUAAACUUUUGAAUCCUGAGAGCAAACACGAUUGGCGGUUGCUGAGUAGUCGCCUUGGUUACAGCAACGACGACAUCCGGGGAUGGGCACAGACGGCUGACCCGUGCCAGUCAAUGUUGAAUGAAUGGUACAGCACCCACAAGACCAGAGAUGCCACGUUCGGUGUUCUACAGACACUGCAAGAGAUGAACAGGACCGAUGCGGCGGUCAUUGUGGAGAAUGCUAUGAAAAUGGCAGAAACAGUAGUAGAGGACGAACCACAGGACUACAAAAGUCCCCCGGAUAUUUUCAUCAGCUACCAAUGGGGCAAGCAACCGGAAGUACAGCUGUUACAGCGCCACCUCGUGUCAGCUGGAUACAGCUGUUGGCUGGACAUUGGCCAGAUGGGAGGGGGAGACAAGCUGUUUGAGAAGAUUGACCGAGGUAUACGAGCAGCUACUGUUGUCCUCUGCUGUGUGACGGACAAGUAUGCCGGCAGCCCGAACUGCAACCGCGAGGUGAACCUUGCGGUCACACUGGGCAAGCCGAUAAUUCCUCUACUCCUAGAGAAGUGCACAUGGCCACCGGCCGGGUCCAUGGGGCCGAUCUUCAGCGAGUACCUCUUCAUCAGGUUCUUCUCCCGGCCGGGAGAGGAAGUAGAGACUGAUGCAUUCUGGUCCAAGGCCAAGUUCCGGGAGCUUCUCCUCCAGCUUAGUUACAACAAGGUGGAAGUCAGUCUACAGGUUGAACCAGAAUAUAAAGACUGGUGGGGCCAAGUUCCUGCGAUUGCCCAUAUACCUCAGAACAAACAUAGCAAAGACGGAGACCAGUCGAAGACGACUUCCACGAUGAAGGCACAGAGCAUGGACGUGUUUUUGUCAUACCAAUGGGGCAAACAACCACAGGUACAAAAACUGUUUGCACGACUUACCUCCCUUGGCUACACGUGUUGGAUGGACGUGCACCAGAUGGGCGGAGGGGACUCCCUGUUCGACAAGAUUGACAAAGGCGUGAGGGGCUCAAAGGUUGUCAUCAGCUGUGUGACAACAAAAUACUGCUUAUCGGCCAACUGCCGUCGGGAAGUCAGCUUGGCAGAUGCUUUAAAGAAACCUAUCGUACCAUUGUUACUGGAACCAACAGCCUGGCCUCCCUCGGGACCAAUGAGCAUGGUCCUUACUCCGCUGGUAUACAUUGAUUUAUCACAGGAUGAGCGGGUCCAAGAGAGUUGGAAGGGGGGUAAGGCCGAUGAACUUGUUCAAAGGAUUCAGAAGGUUGUUAAUCCUCAAGAGGAUGUUGGAAACAAUGACGCGCAAGAUGUAAGUCAAGGUCAAACGACUUCAAGGUCAAGCAGACCAAACGCGGACGCCAAAUCCAAAUCGUGCGUGUUGUUGUAGGUUAUAUUCCAAGGGUAGUCUGGGUUCGAUUCCCAACACGGGUGAUGGCGAAACCUGGUGUUCCUGCUACCGCUAACAACAUAAUAAACAUAAGCCCCUUUCAGGAAUAUUCCAAUGUGGGCUGUCAUUAGUCUGGUUUACCCAACAAGUGGGUUAUAUUAUGAUCACCAUCCAACUCUGAUCACUAAUUGCAUGUGGUCAGCAAACUGACCGAGACAAACCAUCUGGUAUGUGGACGAUUGAGUGGAUGACCUAGGAAAUUGAGUAAGUGAGUUUAGCCUUAGACCACCUUUGGCAGUAUUCCAGCAAUAUCACGGCAGGGGACACCAGAAAUCGGUUUCAGACAUUGCAACUAUGUUGGAAUAGAACCUGAGCUAUUCGGCGUGGCGAGCGAAAGGUUCACCAUUAGGCUACCCUACCGCCCCUUAGAAAACUGAAAGGUUUGGGAGAAAUAUUAGUGAGUAAAUGAGUGAGUAAGAUUGUACGCCCCUUUUAGCAGCAUCCCAUCAAUAUCACGGCGGGGGACGCCAGAAAUGUACAUCAUGGGGAAUCAUAAUCAAAUCACUAUAUCUGUCUGUACAGGUCUUCACACAAAAUCUAAAACUACAACAUGAUCCUUCUGAACGUAAAACAUAUAAUUCUGUUCAAGCAAUGAAUGAUAUGUGUCUGUCUGCAUGCUUCUGUACUUGUGCUAUGUGUUGCCAAAUGAACUGUAUUGCAAUUUGUUGCGAUUCUGGUAGCCGUAUUCCGAUACUUAUUGUGAUAUUUUGGGAGUGUUUGACAGUGAGUGACAUUGAUUGUAUACGCAGAGUCUAUUUUCUACAUUCAAAAGCCCUAAAAAUGGCUGUGAUAACAAACCUCGAAAUUAGAUUUGAUUUCGAGGGACUGUAAUUUCCUUUGUAUAAAAUUGAUAGUAUGUAAA